GGUUUGCACUCGACAACCACUCAUGCACCUUCUGGACUGCACACGCACUCCUACUUCUUUCUCGACAGUUUUUUCCGUUUCGUUUGCCCACCAGCUCGCUCCCUUUACCUCAGCAUUUCAAAGCCUCGUUUGCAUGUGCACAGUGUCUGGGCUAUGGCUACAGUCGCACAAAAAGGAAUUGUAAGGACUACCUCUUCACUUUCUCACUUAAAAGAGGAGGUAUGGCGGAGAAGACGUUACUGAGAAAACAACCAAAGCAAAUUAAGUCCAAAAAUAAUCUGUGACUAGAAAGCCUGGAACAGCAACAGUUUGUUUUCCUGGACUGUCGUCGUUAUGCAUUUAACACUUUAAGGACGUAUUAGAUUUUCUUUAUUUUUGUAUGUUGCCUGCUUUCCGUUGGUUGUCAGACUUGUCACUGUUUUGGUGAGCUUUUUCAAUUGCCUUGUCAUGGGAGUUAAAGUGGUGACCUGCUUCUUUCCCACGUUGCUGGUAAGACCGCUUGGAAUUCUGCUCCUCGUGUUCCGUGCCCUUUAAAUCACGCACUGCAAAACUUUUCAGUUGGAGCGCUGCUGGGGCCAUAUCGACAGCAAGUAAUCGGUGGAUAGAUUGGCAUCGGGCUACAAAUAUGGGGGCAAAUCAAAGUAGCCCAGCUGCCAGUGGCCGAACCAGAGCUUAUUCCGGCUCAGAUGUGCCCUCAAGCACUAGUAACGGUAGUAACGGAAACGGCAGAACUGCAGCCGUGGCAAUGAGAUACCAUGCGUAUGGUGCCUCAUCACACGGGGCCUCGGGAACCACGUCGGCCGGGGCUCAGCACCACGGCCAUAGAACAAGAUACAGUGGCAACAGUGGAGGGGGGUCGGGAACGAGGCCUCAGUCACUUCAUCAAUCCGGCUUCGGUAACAUCGCCAACAGCUCACACGAAUCUGGCAGUAGCACCCCAGAAGAGAACACCGGCGAAAGGGACGAAAGAGAUCAGGAAGGUCCCCGCCUCCUGAUAGGCUCGUUGCCUGCUCACCUAUCGCCUCAUCUCUUUGGAGGUUUCAAGUGCCCUGUGUGCUCCAAGUUUGUGGCCUCGGACGAAAUGGACUUGCACCUUGUCAUGUGUUUAACCAAGCCGAGGGUCACGUAUAACGAGGACGUUCUGGCAAAGGAUUCUGGAGAGUGUGCAAUAUGCCUGGAGGAAUUGGUACAAGGAGACACCAUCGCACGCCUACCCUGCCUCUGCAUAUAUCACAAAGGCUGUAUAGAUGAGUGGUUUGAGGUGAACAGAUCGUGCCCAGAGCAUCCUUCAGAUUAAAAGCCCGUUUGUUUUGCACAGGCUUCUCAUUCCCUGCUCCAAUGCCAUUGCUCCCACUGCUGCUCUGGGUCUGUCGUCAUGCUGUGACUGAACAGACCCCCACCCCAGGACACCCACAUCUGCCAAAGUCUUCAGGGAAUCACCUCUGCAUAGUUAUGCAUACGUUUGCACACAUUCUUUUCAGCAUACUGAAGCAACCAUGGCAGCCUUUUAAUAUCAAGUGACUUCCCCGCCUGUGCACAGGCGGCCAUGAUAUGGCAACCCACCUCUGCUGCGGCGCUGGCGAAUCAGGCGACGCAGUGCAGAUCGGAGCUCCUCCCCCAUUUCCGACCCCAAUGUAUAACUGAUGCUCCUGUUGACGGGCCAGGCUCUCGCUGAGCUCUGUCACUGACUGCACUCAUCCCCUUCCUCUCGUCCAGGGAUUGGACUUCCUCUGCUGCCUUGUCUUUGAAUGGCAGAUCUGCACUUUUUCUUCUGCUUUUACUGCGGCCAUGCCCCAUCAUGCACUGGCACUCCCAACAUGCCCAGUCAGAUGCCCAUACCUUCAAGGAAGGGUCUGCCCUCUUGCAUACUGUAUCUAUCAGUGCCUUCACGAGCCAAUAAAGGAUUUAAUGUUGUGCAACCUCCAGGUCAUGUGACGAGCAGCACAUUCACCCUGAUUGGUGGAACUGGGACAUCCUACUCCCACCCACACAGGGAGGGCCAUCCUGGGUUAUGGCUGAGGAGCAGACCUGUGCCCCCUAGUGGUGACAGAGCGUGAAAGCUCAGCGUUCUGUCUGAGGAUAUCACAUGGGCACGAGAAGCUGCCGUGGCACCGUCGGAGGGGUAGCAACCACGGACCUCUUCUCAGGAUCCUUCACUUCAGCGGAAGUUCAGGGCUGGCUGUCCUGAGAACACGUGGCAAAGCCUUGUGCUCUCUCCUAAUCCAGUCUUUGUGAAACAGAGGGACAUUAUUUUGGAUUGUGAGAAUAUGGCUGGAUUUUAUUCCCAGGGAUAAGUACAGGGAAAUAAUUCUGUAUUUUUGUGUACUAUCAUUCAAUUAUUGAUAAUUAUGAUCAGUCUUGUUAUUGUGCAAGGUGGGACAUGACACUGGUUUGUCAGUCAUAUGGUGAUGAACCAUGAAAAAUGAAUUUUUCCUCCCAAGAACAGUUAUGUUGGAUAGGGUACAGCCCGGUUUGGGUACAUCCAGCUGAGAAUUUCAACAGCAAUUAAAGAAAAUGUAUCCUUCAAUAUGUACAAUUUCUUCCAAAAUAUUACUUAGCUGAAAUUCUCCGCUGGUUGUACCCAAUUUGCAGACGCUAGAAAUUAGUUUUAAGGGAUUGUAAGCUUUUGAAUACUUGUAUUGAAUGCUGUACUAAUCCUAGACCCGUGGCCACACCCCAUAAAAGGAUAGUUUCAACAAGCAAUGCUGGACAUGGAAAGUCAGUUACCUUAGCUAGAAAACUGAAGUCAGGUAAGGUAUGUGUUCUUACAAAAGGUGAAGUAAUGUUGUGUUGGUUACUUAUGAGUGAAGGAAAUGUCCCGCAGAAUUUGAACAACCUUUGUAACAGCACACUGUCAGUUUCAUCUCUUACAAGUUUCAUAUUGAAAGGAGGGAAAAUUCUGCCAAAGUGAAUUCAUUUAUGCCACUUUUUUGUUGACCUUUGGUAAAAUUUUGGUUUGAAAUGUGGUUAAACCACCAUUUCAUUUUCACAAUAAAUCAGUUAGCAAAUCAGUUAGUUGAUUGGUACAGGCAUUCAUUAAUUUGUACAGAAUGUAUUUUCAAAAAUGUAAUUGCCAACUCUGUUCAGCUACAAUGCAGCAAAAUUUUUAUCUGUGCAAUGCAGUACUGGCCAAACUCGGUAAUCAGUACUGGGCCUGCUAGAUGGAUCCAAACACUUGAUGUGCUGGUCCAAAAGAAAAAUUAUCAAAUUAAGCACCUUCAAUACAUUGAAUAUACAUUUUUAAAUGCACAUUUGUACCAGCUAAAAGAAGUUUGUUGUUUAUCCUUGCCAAGGCAUUGUAAACUCCUGCAUAACCACCUCCCGCAUAAGAUUUGGGAUUAUCCAAUGCCCACAUUUAAUGUAAUGUCAAAUUAUAAUGAGAGAUGGACAACCUGGCCAAGUGCCAACUUUUAUGUGAGUAGUUUAUGUCCAUACUUUUACUCUUGGCGCAGGGCCACUGGACCUCCCUGCCAUAUGUGACUGAUCCGCAUUCACAGCACUGUGAAAACAAGAAAGGAAACUGGGACAGAUUUUCUGCCAUGCUUAUUUUCUGCUUUCAUUGAGGUCAGUUAUGCAGGAGUUCCUGCAUUUAGUUUUAAUUUCUGCUUGUGUCGUUGCAUCAUCUGAGCCAGUUGGAUAGCAUCCGUUGUCUGUCCAAAUCCACCUCGAGGGAAAGUAGAUAAUUUAUGCUACAUAGCAUUAGCUUAUGCACACUGUAAUUUGGUUUAAAUGUUGAACCUGUGAUCUUCAAUUGUGUUCUGGAUAUAUAACUGACUUCAAAAUGUGAACUCAAUGUCAUUACGCAACAUAUACAUCUUAAGCUCUUAAGCAUAGAUGGUUAAAGAUUUCAAGAUUCAACUCUGGAAAAGUGCUUGGAUGUAGUUAAUUAUUUACAAGGCCUUCACAAGGGUGUUUCAUAAAUGCUUUUUAGGACAAAUCAAACUUUGCCUGACUUCAUGCAUUUCAGAGAACCACUAUAUGCCCUUUAAAGUAGUCCUUAAAAGGACAGAUUUCAAGCUGUUUAAAAUUAAUUUCAGUCAGAAAAAGGAAAGACAAUGCCAGCUCUAUGAUUGUUUGAUGUACAGUGUCACCAACUGUAUGACAGGAAAGGGCUAAUGAACAAUUUCACUUGGAGGUUUGUGUUUGAACUUGACUGAAUAAUAUGAAAACUGUUUCAGUGAGCUGACAGAGGUACCAAGCUUUGACAGGCUGACUACAUAACUAGAUAAUCAUGAACUCUUAAAUGGAUGAUUAAGGUAUAUGUGCUAUAACAUUCCAUGUAUGUAUAAAAAAAAAAAAGAAGAAAACUAUGUACAGAACUAUUAAAUUAAAAAUCUUUUGAAAUUCA